AUGAUGGCUCAUAGGAAAAGAAGAAACAAAUUAUGGAAACCAUCAGCAGGCAAACAUGCAUCAGAAAAAUCGCACAUUCCUAAACCAGUGGAGAAAAAAUUCGUCUCCAGCUCAGUACAAACGGACGCAGAAUUGCCGAAGUCAUCGAGAAGGAAGGCCUUCGACUUCAAGGAGCUGGAAUCCGUCGCUCGAAUAACGAACCUGCCCAUCGUCGAAUCGGGAUGGAAUUACGCCGAAGGAGUCUACAAGAAAAUCAAAAACUCCAACGUGCUGGUGCACUGGACACUCGAAUCGGCCGAAUCGUCGGCUCACUCCGUCAUCCAGGCCGCUUCUCCGGCUCUUCUCAUGCUCAAAGGUCCCAUCACUUCCAUCGAUCAGAUAGUUUGCAGGAGUCUGGAUAUCGUAGAGCAAACCGUUCCGUCCAUACAACUUCCACCAGAAAUGAUUUACUGGAAUACCAGACAAUACGUGACGGAGGUGGGCACCAAGAUCGCCCAGCCGGUGUUGAAACGAGCCGAUUCAGUGAAGCAAAUCGGCAACACUGUUUUAGCCAGCAAAUACACAGCCUUCGCAGCCGAUAAGCUCGACGGGGCGCUGAACGUGGCCGAGAAAUACGUCGAUAAAUAUCUACCAGACGAUAACGAUAAAAGCUUCGAAGAGAGCAAAGUCAUCGUGGCGAACGACCCCACGGGGAAAGCCUACCACACGAUGCACCACGCCGAUCGGUUCUCCAGGAAGCUGAAGCGCCGGUUGACCCAAAGGACCAUCGCGGAAGUCAAAGCUCUGAAGCACCAAAGCGCCGAAGCCGUGCACGUUUUGAUCUACGUUAUCGAAUUGGUUGCUACUGAUCCUGUACUGGCGUAUCAGAAAGGCAAGGAGCUUUGGGGUAGUUUGAGCAAGGACGAGCCGGAGAACCAGGCUCGACCGGAGAAUUUGGAGCAGCUGAUCGUGCUGUUGACCAGAGAGUCUGCCAGGAGGAUCGUUCAUUUGAUUAAUUUCACCAGCGCUGUGGUGAGCAAAGUGCCGAAGAAACUGUCGGUUUCCAUUAACUGUCUGGUGCGAGCUUUCUGGAAUGCAACGGAUUCUGCAGUUAAAACAAUACAUAUGGAGGAGGCGCAGAAGAGAAUCACUUCGGUUCUGAAAAGCCAAGGAUAUUUGUUGGUACUCGGGUUAAAGUCUAUGAAUGAUCACUUAAGUGAAUAUUUGGAUCAUGUGGCAGAAGACUUGGGGAAAGCAUCAGGAGGAGAUAACAAGAAAGCUGUGCUUGCUGUUCCGCAAAUAACCUUCCAAACUCCCAAAGCUACCAUCAGAGCGCCCAGUCCCAAAGCGACCAACGGGGUGGAAAAUAAUUUAUAA